AUGGCCUCUCCACACGGAGGGUUGCACACUCUCACAAAGUGCGUGUUCAUCUGCGUCACUCUGAGCGGACUCUCCGCUAAGUCUUACCGCAAACCAAACAUUGUUUUCAUUCUCACUGACGACCUGGACCUCUCUAACGGAGGACUGACCCCAUUGAGUAAGACAAAAAAACUUAUUGGAGAUGCAGGGAUUUCUUUCACAAAUGCUUUUGUGGCCAGUCCCCUGUGCUGCCCAAGUCGAGCCAGUAUUCUCACGGGUAAAUAUCCACACAACCACCAUGUGAUCAACAACACACUGGAGGGAAACUGCAGCAGCAGCGCAUGGCAGAAGACCGAGGAGAGUCUCACAUUCCCUGCAUUACUGAAGUCUUACGCUGGCUACCAGACCUUCUUUGCAGGAAAAUAUCUGAACCAGUAUGGACAUGCAAAGGCAGGAGGAGUGGAGCACGUACCUCCUGGCUGGAGCUUUUGGGUUGGACUGGAAAAGAACUCCAAAUACUACAACUAUACUCUGUCUGUGAAUGGGAAAGCUCAAACUCAUGGAUCCGACUACAACAAAGAUUACCUGACGGAUGUGUUGGCCAACAAGUCCCUGGACUUUUUAGAAUACAAAUCCAACUUCUAUCCGUUCUUUAUGAUGGUGUCAGUGCCGGCUCCUCAUUCCCCGUGGACUGCAGCCCCUCAGUAUCAGAACACAUUUAACACGACCAAAGCACCCAGAGCUCCAAAUUUCAACAUUCACGGAAAGGACAAGCACUGGUUAAUUAGACAAGCAAAAAACCCCAUGAGCAACUCUUCUAUCAAAUUUUUGGACGAUGCUUUCAGGAAGAGGUGGACCACGCUGCUGUCAGUGGACGAUCUAGUGGAAAAAAUAGUGAAGCAGUUGGAAGUCAGGGGUGAACUGGACAACACCUACGUCUUCUUUACAUCAGACAACGGUUAUCACACAGGUCAAUUCUCUCUUCCACUGGAUAAAAGGCAACUGUAUGACUUUGAUAUCCGCGUUCCUCUUAUGGUCAGAGGUCCACAGAUUAAGCCAAACCAGACCAGUCAGAUGCUGGUGGCUAACGUUGACAUUGGUCCGACUAUGCUGGACAUCGCUGGCUACAAUAUAAGCAAAACCCAGAUGGACGGCAUGUCCUUCCUGCCUAUAAUGGAGGGUUUGAUGAACAGCAGCAGCUGGAGGACAGACAUCCUGGUGGAAUAUGAAGGAGAAGGAAGCAACGUGUCGGAUCCUGCCUGCCCCCUGCUGGGCCCCGGAGUGUCGGAGUGUUUCCCAGACUGUGUAUGUGAAGACUCUUACAACAACACCUACGCCUGUGUGCGCACGCUUGCCCCAUCCGCCAACCUGCAGUACUGCGAGUUUGACGACAAUGAGGUGUUUGUUGAAGUCUACAACAUGACGGCCGAUCCUUUCCAGUUGACCAAUGUUGCAAAGAGCAUUGAACAAGAGGUUCUGGAGAAGAUGAACCGCCGCUUGAUGAUACUGCAGUCCUGUUCGGGGCAGUCGUGCCGGUCGCCGGGGGUUUACGAUCCAAGGUAUAAAUUUGACCCCAGACAGAUGUUUAUCAAUCACAGUCGGCAGCAUCGUAGGCUGAGACAAAAAUGA